AUGCAUCAACUUUCAAUAAAUGCAAAUAGUAUAUUCUCAACAAGCCAAGCACGAUUUCUGGAUAUUAAAUUCAUUGCUAACUGCUGCGCUAUUAAUUAACUCGCUAUGUUUCCCUAUAAUUGUUACAAGUAACAAGUAGGCAAGCAAGCCCAACAUGUUUAAUUUCUAAAUUUUGUGAUGUGUACUAAAGAUGCUCAAAAUUAAAAAUGA